AUGUUUGUGUUGAAGAAGAAUAAAAUAUUUGGACUUAAUCGCAUAAAAUAUCCUUCAUUAUUGCAGAAUAAAUUAACGGGAUAUACUCGAACAGCUAUCAAAGUCCCACAACAUAACUUGCACACACAGAGACCCCCUAUGUCUUCCUUCCGGUAUAGUCAUGCGCAGCAACCGAAAAUGGUUCAACAGGGAUUGGGUCAGAUAGAGAUCUUGCGACAGCAUAUGGACAGGGCACGCCAACCUCUCUCUGCCAGUCGCAAGUUACACAAGAAGAACCCGUUAUAUUCCCCACACAAUCCAAAACUGAAAUCAACCGUGAAUGCUGAUUGGGUCCCCAACAGCAUUGUGUUAUUGGCAUUAUUUGGUUGCAUCUCUUUGCUAUUCCUGUUGUUGCCUGUACUUAUCGGAAUAUGCUUACCUGCUACCAUUAUCCUAAUAUCGAUGAGCAUCUGGAAGGCUAAAAAAGCUGAAAUGAUGUUAGACUCCAUUAAAGCUGUUAAGCAGACAGAUUUAGUUUUACCCCCCCUUAUAACGGCAGAACUGCACAAACGUAAUCUUCAAUGCAUUGGACAUUUUGAAGGUGGUCCUGGCGAAACGCUAGUUCAAUUCCAAUAUCCUGAUAUAACAAAUAGCCAUGAACUUUUUCAUCCAGAUGGAGCUAAUAAUUAUAUAGUCCUUCUGGACUGCAGAUUACAGCCAGCUAGAAAAGAAUGA